ACUUUUUGUUAUCUUUAUUGCGGUUAGUUAUAAAAAUAUUGCAAAUAGUAUACAUAUUUUAGAUCGUUAGUUAAUGGAAUGAAGUUAUUGCAGUUAUACAAAGGACACCAGUGACUUCCUGUGAUAUUUUCUUUCUCAUACACCUAUUUAGAUUAAUUUGAUUUCACAGUGGCAGCAUCUGCUAGGUGAAAUGAAUGUGUUUAUUCAUGACUUUGUUUGUAUUUGCGCUGAUAAUGCAUAUUUACUGUAAAUCCGGGAAUUUUUGACAUGAUGCAGGAACAGGCUUCUGAAAUCUUUUAUUUUCUGUUGUAGCAGUUGCAUUGUGUAGUGGUGGGAAGUGAAAAUGCAAAGCGGUAUUUUGAGGCAGUGCAAGGAUCAAAAGAUCAUCAGGGAGAACUUUUUGGAAUCAAUAACCUUUUCAAGUUUCGGGACCAUGGAUCGUGUCUUACAAAAGAGAUACUGGAGAGGGAGGGCAGAGUGGAAGCUGGUGUCAUGACAGCUACUAUGUGUUUAGAAGAGGAACCCCAGCAAAUGCCUGAUGAACGUGGUUGUGAAGGUGAAGACAUUGUUCGUCUCAAAGAGCAACUAAAAAAGGAAGAGCUGGAUUAUAGCAGCAACUUCAGUGAUGAGGAGGAACCAAUGGGAACUUCUAAAACAAAAGCUGAUCAAAGAAACCGCUGCAGUACAAAAAAGGCCAAAAUUUCCCAGGGACAGCUUUCUUUAUUGCAGUGUGGGUUUUCUAAACUUUUGGAAAAGGGAAUUAAAGGAGAUGAAGAUGGCAAUAGCAUUGGUGCCUCAGAUGAUGAAAGUGAUGAUAAUAAGUCAGUAGAGCAAAGAAUCAAAAGAUGCUCCAAAAAUAAUGUUGUUCUGAAACCCAAGGACCAUUGCAGUGUUUCUGGACACAAAAAAAUGUCAGCAUCCCCCAAAACAAAACAAGAAAUGUUUACUGAAACAGGACAUCAUAUUUAUCAAGUUACACCAGAUUCUGAGGGAAAAAAUGACAUUGCCAGUAAAUACAAGGAGAAGAAUAAUUUAAAUCAAGUUGGGAUAGUUACAGAGAAUGAAGAUAAUUCAUCUGAAAGUGAAGAUAUUAUCUUUCCUUCUCAGGCUCCUUGUGAUGUAGAAACUGCAGUAAACUGUGAAAGUAUAAGAAAAGAUACAGAAAUUACAGAUACAGAAAAACUUCUUAUGGCUGAGCAAACAUGUUUCACUUCUGUGAAAAAUCAUAGCAAAAUGUCCCUUUUCAGUAAAAUGAAAUCAUCUAAAAACAUCCAAAAGAAUCCAUUUAUGAAAGAAACAAGUGGCAAUAGUGAUGAGUCUGAAGAUAUUGAAAUGUCACUAAAGCCCAUAUCAGGAAUGCAGCAAACUACCAGCAGUCUGAAACAGAAGCACUUCCAUGCUAAAGAGCUUAAUAACUCUUCCCAAACUGUUUUACAUGGAAAUAAUGCAAGCAUGGAGAGAAAUAAUACUGACUCUCAAAAUAUUGAAGAGUUUUCAUCAUCAGAAGACAAUGUACCAAUUAGGAAGAUUGAUGUUAGAAAUCAAAGGGUAACAAGUAAAAGGUGUAGCAUUCAUUUUGAAUCCAGAUUAGCAAGAUAUGGUAACCAUGCCUCUGUUACACUGAGAAAACAAACUAAUUCCAAAACAUCUCAGAUGUCUUACAGCAAUCAAACAUUUACAAAACGAGAAAAACUGGGAUCGUUGGAUAGCCUCCUUGAUGAUGUUGCUGAAGUCUCAUAUGUUCAUUCAAACCAAAAAGUGGUUGGUUCAAGCAAGGCUGAAAAUCAGAUGAGCCGAUGGGCAGUGCGAGAUGUGUUUGAGCUGCAGCAGUUUUCUCAAAUCCCUGCAAACAUAGCAGUGUGCAGUUCCAAGAAGUACAGACAGAAUCCAGACGAAGUUACAGCAAGAUGUGCCGCCAGAAAGCAUCAUUCAGCAGAUGAAACCAGCAAUUCCUCUGUACUAUAUAUUAUGCAUCCAGUGCACCAGAAGGAGAAAAGAGUUCACCAAGUAGGCUCAUUUACCUUCCUGAUUGGAAAGACGCCCAAAAGAAUCCGUAGGAGACAGUUUGAAGAAAUGGCAUCUCAUUUUAGUAUGGCUUCAGUGGAUGACCUUGCCAAGCAUAUUGCAAAAGCAACAUCUGAAGAGAGGCAGAAAAUGUUGAAAGAGUUUUAUGGUGCAAAGUAUCCAGUGCUAAAGGACCUAUUAAAAAUUGACGUUCCAGUUUUGGUUCCAGAAGGAAGCACGGAAGGAGAUGUGUGCACAACUCAGCCCAGAAAAAGAAAGUCUGUUAAUAAAGAUGGAAAAUCAAAGUCUGGUCCUUCUGCUACUCAAGUUCCUUUCUGUAGGAGUACAGAUCUGUGUGGCCAAAAAAGACAUAAAGUAGAAACAAAGCAGUUUCCAUAUGUUCCCUGCAUACAUGCUGCUGUGUGUCAUAAAGCAGAAGAUAAACAAUUGCCCACUGUCAUUAACCAAGAUAGCAUUAGUGGGAGAAACAGCCAGGCAUUCAAAGACUUUAUGGCAUCUGACUCAUUAAGCAGUAAAUCAGGAAUAAUUGAGGGGCUGUCUGAAAAUACAGCUAAAGGACAGCAGAAUUUAAAAGGGACAGAGUCACCAAGAAAACCUUCUCUGUCUCAGUCAGAAAGCAGACAGGCUGAAAUAUUUAAGGAAGACUCAUUUGCAGACGUACUGGGGGACACCUCUAUUUUAAAUGACCUUUUCAAAAGUAAUUAUAAUAAGCCAAGAGAACCUCCCAAGAGCUUUCCUUCAGGCCCUGUUGAAAAAGCAAAAACGCGUCCAAAAGACUUCUGGGAUAUGCUGAAUGAACAGAAUGAGGAUUGCCUCCAAAAACUCACAGACAUGUCAGCUAUAGAGAAACUGUGUGAAAGAGCUCCUCAUGUCAUUUUGUCAAAGAAGAAGGAAGAGGAAGAGGAGGCACUUUGGAAAAAAAAUGACAAUUUUUUAUGGAAGAAAUGUAACACAAAUGAACUGGAUGAUUAAUCUACUUUUUGGCACAAGACUGGGUUUCUACACAUGUAGUAAACACACAUCAUUUAAAUAUCCACAGGUGCUAUAAAAGGUUAUUUAUUCAUCUUGGAUGUGACCCAAUGUUCUCUAAAACUUUUCAGGUUCUUUUCAACAUUGUCUUCCCUUUGCAGUUGUUUCCAAGAAGAGUAGGGUUGGGUUUUUUUCUUUUCAGUUUUUACUGUUCAGAGAACAAGAACCUGUGAAUUUCUUCAUAGAAUCUGUUCUUUUGUAAGCACUGCAGAAUGAAGAUGCCUUUGAAAUGGAGGCAACAGCCUGUAUCUGAGACCAGUGCCUUUAUAGCACCUGUAGGUAUUUUCACCUUAAGUCCCAGUGAGAAAGGUGGAUUAUAAAUGAAAUAAGUAAAUAAAUGCCUGUACAGUUGCAGACUACAUGCACAAAACUGUUUCAAGAAUCUCUGCAUGCUCAGUAUGCUUCAUACGAAACUAGAUGAGGCAGAUGCUGCAUUAUAGAAAGGGCCUAAUAUAAAAAGUAUGACGAACACAACCUUUCCUACUGCCAUUGAUGGUAUAUGUUUUUAUUUCCCCCCAUAAUUGUACCUUGACUCUUAAACUUUCAUGGUUGAAAGGUGUGUCUAAUGCAGGAUUAGAUCCCAUCACCAGACAUGCAUUUUGUCUUCAAUAAAGCACAUGGCUAGGAUCUUGACAUCAAUAAACGUAAAAUUAGGAUUCUAUUAAAAGCUGCUUGACUCCUCCCACCCAAUGUAUUUGUAAAGGCAACAAUCCAAUAGCUCUGAUUCUUGUGUAUAGGGCCUUAAUCAGUAACUAAUUAUUUUCGUGGGGCAUAUUUCCAGUUGAACAAGGACUGAAAGGCCAGCAGUUCUGUCCAGUGACUUACUGCAACUCAAGCAGUUCUUUUACUCAUUCUGCACUAUUAUAAAUUUCAACAAAAACUUUUGUAACAUUUCUUAAUGAUGAGAUUUCCUCACCAGAAAUGCUUCCCAGGGGCAAGAGUCAAACAUUGGCAUUUUCCCCCUGUAGCUUCAUAGCAACUGUUCUGCUUUGGUCCUCUGUAAAAAUAAAGUAAUGUUUUCAGUCUUUAUGCUAAAGUAAUCGAACUGUCCAGAAAACAUCCCUGAUAUUAUGGAAUCCUUAGGAGAUUGUGUGGCGCAGUCUAAAUUGAAGGCAUUUAAAAUGCACAAUGAAAUACUACCUCAGUUAGAAAAACCUAACAUCAAGAUGAACACAUUACAAAAUCUUUACACAUGUUUAGUCAUAAAUGUAUAUAUAUAAAAAGCUAACCGUGCGUUUGAUCCUCACGCCCUAACGCGGAAACGCCUUGACCGAAUGCUACCAAUUUUUCCCACGACGUCCCUCCCCAUUGCGGGCAGGUAAUCGGACCUUCAAAUUGCCGAAAGUCCAUACCUGAGCCGAAUAAACUGCAAGUUUCUGCAAAACCCGUUGUGGACCAAUCAGGAGCCACUGUGCCGGGGGGCAUGGCUUGCCCACCUUUGCUGCGGCGUGUGCGUGCAUGCCGACCUAAACUGAAGGCUGCCGAACUCGCCCGCACAGGAAGAGGAAGGAGGAGUGUUCCCAGGCACCCGGUAAGAAACAGCCGUGAUGCCUCUCCCCUUCCUCCUCCCUUCCCCUCCGAGCUCACCACACAAAGCCACAGCAAAGCGUGGCUGGGCCCGCUAGUAUUCUCAUAAAUAUUUAGUGAUGGACAUUCUCCUCAUGCACUUGAAUGCUAAUCAGUAGUAAUGUACAAGUGUUGCAAAAAUACACAUUUGUACUUCCAGUUCUGUGGAAUGCACAGGAGCAGUACUGCUAUAUAUAAUGUCUUGUGUGCAAUCCACCUAUUCCACACUGGCUUUCCUGUCUGUAUGAGUGAAAUUUCUUCUCUUCUGGAGCAUUGUGGAUUACAAUAGACCCCUAAGAAACUAACCCUUCAUAGAUAGCAAAAUUCCUAUACCGUACGUAGUACAGUGAUGUAUUUGUUGUAGACUGUGCCAUGCCGUACAGUUAAUGGAUCAUGUUGAGAAAGGACUUAUUUCUAGAGUCAAAAGAAUAUUUUUCUAUGUAACUCCUGUAGGUUUUGAAGCUUCAGAUUUAAACAUCAAAUGGAAACAAGUGGUUGUACUACAUGGGAAGCUCUAUGCAAGGAAAAUUGUUAUGAAGCUCUGCUCAUCCUAAUAUGCAGUGCAGCUGAACAGAGCAAUCUGUGAACUGUGGUGGUUUUUGUGGUCUGGAUGACUGCCUGAAAAUAAGCUUAAACUUGAUUCUAUAUUGUAUCAUGGGAAGAUACUAUAUGGCUCACUGUAUGCCUGCAUCAGCCGUUCUGUUGAAAAUUACUUUAAAAAGUAGUCAUUGGGUUCCAAAUAAGUGGCUUUCUUCCUCCAGAUACAUAUGAUGUUAUACCUGAAAUUUGUACAGGAAUGAUAAUUGAAGCAGAUAUAUUUCUGAAUAUAUAAGCUGUUGUCAUUUUUCUCAUACUGCCGUUUUUGGUAUGGUUUGAAGGCACAAAUCAGACCUUAACUAAUUAAAAACCUUAGUUGAUACAUCCCAUUCUUUAAUGCUGUAACUUGAAUAUAAAUUGUAUUAAAAAUAAUAACAUUUUGUAA